CAGCCUGCAGUUCAGUCUGCUCAGGCUGCCCUGCAGGAGAGCUGGAAGACGGGAGAGAAACGCCGGCACGUCAUCAGACGUGACCGUAGCAGAGAGAUGACUCGCGGCUCGGCGUCCACCCUGGAUUUACUAUCCGAUCCGUUGGAGUUGAUGUGACGUAUUUAUUGAUCAAAGUUGGGGGACUUUUCCUCCCUCCCCCCCCCCUCCCCCUUCCUUUCCCACCGGCACCUGAAUGCUGUCAAUGGGCAAAAUGCACUCCAGAGCCAAGUCCCGGAGUUGUGACAACUACUUGAGUAUUAAGGACUCCGAGUCUCUGGAUAACUGUAUCCAAAGUACCCUGUCGGCUCUGUACCCCCCCUUCAGCGCCACUGCCGCCACCGUCCUGUGGCAGCUCUUCAGCGUGGUGGAGAGACAGUACCGUGGAGACGGCCUGCGCUGCUUCAUUGACUUCCUGCUUCCUGCCAAGAGGAUCCUUCAGAUCAUCCAGCGAGAAACUUGUUUGAGGUUCCGAGGUCUGCUCUUCUACCAUGAAGGUUGGCCCCUGUGUAUCCACGAGAAGGUGGUCCUGCAGUUGGCUCCUCUGCACAAGGUCCGACUAAAACAAGGCGACUUCUACCUGCAGAUAGUUCCCCUGGGCCGCAAGACCACCAAGCUCGUGAUAAAAUGCCUGUCAGCCAGCGGGCAGGCCAUCGCAGAAAUCCCCAUCGUGGAGAGCAUGUACGGCAGCGUCUUCACCGCUGAGUUCCUGCAGAAUGUGACGCGCGACCGAAACCUGCACCCUUUACAGAACUGUCUGCUCACCACCGGCACGGCUGUGUACAGGACGCCGUGGAAGAACGUGGUCAACCCGUUGUUUGUCACCAGCACCGCGGACGCCAUCAUGCAGGCACACCGUGGCGGAGGCGGCUUCAGGGGCCACAUAAGCGCUUGCAGCACCAGCGGAUCCACGGGGACCCUGGACAGCCACCGCAGCUCCAGAGAGUCCUUGCAUUCUCAGGGUGCGGACUCCAUCUUCUCUGAGCCCGCCAACCUGCACAGACCCCUCGCAGACCUCAGCAGCACUAGUGCCGCCCCACAGGACUUGGGCCUCUGCCCGACAGAGGGGCGCAUCCUCACAGGAGCCAGCACUCCUACACCCAGCACUAAUUCGGAGGGACCCGUUGAAGAGAGUGGGACGGGACGAGGGGGAGAUGAGGAGGGGGGUUGGAGAGAGAGAGGGGUAGGGUCAAAGACAUUUUCCUUUACUACAGAUCUGAGUAACCCAGGCCCUCGCCGACGCCUCCCCAGGGACUCGGUGGCCUUUGAGAGCCGGAGACUCUUCCGGAAAUCUUACAUGGAGGCCCUGCAAAACCCCAUGAACCUGGGCUCAAGCUCGGAGUCCAUCCUUGAGGAGGGACCGGAGCAUGGCACAGGAAUUACCCCGAAGGACAGCGCUGUGACACCGGGCAGCAGCCCGGACACUCGUACCCCCGCCAGAGAACUCCCUUCCCGCAGGUUGGGCGCCAGGGGCUGGCUUAGCGGAGACGACUCAAGGCCAAACACGCCUUUGCUUUAUCUGCAGAGGGGGCUGCGGAGUGCUGAGAGGCGGUCGGAUAGGCGUUCCAAGUCGCUGGAGAGGAAUAACAAGGCCAGCCAGGUCAAAGGUCAUCGGGAGCGCUCGUCCUCGGGAGGGUCGGCCAGCAUCUCCCCAAGAAAGCUGAUGAAUGGCUAUGCCCUCCGCUUCGGGAAACUGGACCUGGAGGCGGCUUUUCCUGGUUCUGAGAGGAGGAGCAGCAAAGAGGAGUCCAGACAGCUUGAUGUCAGCAUCGGUGGCGAGAGGCAGGAUGUCCACGCCAGAGAGGAAUGUCACUCUCCCAAAGCAGCCAAUGGGACCGCUAUCCAGCCGGCCUCGGCAGCAAGCCCGCCCUCGCACUAUGACUUGAACCUUCCCAAACUGGUGGCAGAUGUCAACCAGACACUGCUGGCAUCUGGUGCCAUCGUUUUACCCGGAAACAGAGAUCGCAGUGGGAGGGCCGUGCUGCAGGUGUACAGCAGGAGUCGGGUGUGGGCAGGUGACGGCUACACGGCCAGAGACCUCACCUGCCUGCUGGGCUACUACUAUUCCACACUGCGGAGGGAGAGGCGUGAACAAGGCCUGACAGUGCUGAUAGACAGCAGGAGGCAGCAGCCGCCUCCAGCCCUGCUCUCGUCUCUGUCUGAGCUCCAGACGUUUGUACCAAAUGCACUUUACUCGGUUCUGCUCCUGGUGGACAAGGAAGGACCUGCCAAGCCCGAGAGGGACGUCAGCGUGCAGACCGAGCUGCUGACAUCUCUGAAGGCUUUGUUGAAGCACAUAGACGGCACGCAGCUCACACGAGACCUGGAGGGCGCCUUCCACUACGACCACGCCCUGUGGAUCCACUUCAGACAGAAAAUUGAACCGUUUGCCAGCAGCUGUAGCACAGCCAUCUCAUACCUUCGGGAGUCUAUCAGCACACUAAACAGCACCGGCAACCUGAAGACUUUCAAGGAGGUAUCUGAAGUGCUGGAGCAGCAGCGGUGUCUCAUGAAGUGUGUUCUAGAAGACGCCCGUCUGAACAGGCUGCGUCUAGAAGGCGGCACGGUGCUGGCCCGCAUCCGGAAGGAGGAAGCCUGUGAGAACGAGAACUUCAGGGAUGCUAUUGAGAUGGUGAAUGCGCUGUACAACCAAGUAGACGAGGAGGUCCAUAAGCUGGUGAUCCUGUCCAAUAAGUCCCAGAAACAGCUAGAGGGCUUGCUGGAAGUGCGUAAAUUUGAGGAGCAAACCCAGCAGAUUAAGCUAUGGUUCAGCGUGGAGGGAGAGAAGCAGCUUGUACCUCUGGACUCGAUGACUCUCUCUACAGCCACAAUAAAGGAUAUGAGGCAGAGCUUGGACCAGUUUCUGGAGGAGUCUGUGCACCAACAGAGGCUUGGCCUGCAGCUGGUGAAAGAGUCUCCAGAGUCGCUCCCCGGUUCUGUCCUUCUAGACUUUAAGCAGCAUCUGGGCUCCAUCUUGAGCAGGGUGGAGCAGAGGAGGGCCCAGCUGGAUGUCCUAACCAACCUAUAUGAGUUUUAUGACACGGCCAACCAGUGGAUGGAGCACUGCCAGGAUUAUUUCUGCCAGUUCAGCCUCGAAAGUGGUGGUGUCAGCCUGUCGCCUGCCAUAGUCCCGGUCCUCCAGGAUUAUCACACAGAGGCCUCCAAGUUCUCCAUGGACAACUUCAGUGCCCUCAAUGAGAUGGUGCUUUCCCUGGACAGUUCGCAGCAGCUACAGCAGUGGAACGCACUCUGGCACAAAUGUCAGCAGACAAAGCACCAGUUGGAAGAGGCCUUGGCCAAGGCUGUGGCCUCAGCCUCUGACUCCAAAACUGUUGAUGCAGAGGUUUCUUUAGAGGCCACAGAGAGGAAGAGCGCUACCAUGGAACAGCAGGACGAUAACAGGGGUCUUAAUCUGCCCGAACUGCCCUCGUACACCAACAGGGCAGUCGCGCCACUGGAUUAUGAGGACACCAAACCUGACUCCGCCGGGCCCUACUCCAAGAGCCCGUCCAGUUCCAUCUCCUCCUCCUCCCACUUCACUUUCCCACCUGACAUCGACGUCAAACUGAGGAAGAGCCCGUCCCUCUUCGAGGACACGGACAGCGACUGCACCGUCGACUCGUCCAUCUCCUGCCACUCUGAGCCCGUCUACUCCGGUGCCACAAGACACCGCAAGCAGCCGCUGAAGAAGAUCAUGAAGAAGACCAUGAGCUACGAGCUGACGCCGAGGGACAGUGGCCACUCGGAUACUGGUCGUCUCCGUGGAUACACGGGCGUGUACAUCAAGGGCCUGGAGGUGGCCAACAACGUUUCCGUGGAGAAGAAGCUGCAGAGGCCAGAUGUGAUGAACCCGGUGUUGGGCCGAAGUCGGAGCGUUUCUUCCCCUUCCAGGAAUCAUGGCAGAUACACCGAAGGAGAUGGCAAGAAACAGAGCAGGAAAGUACAGCACAUCAUGGACGAGAUGAUCACCACCGAGAGGGAGUACGUGCGCUCGCUCGGCUACAUCGUGGAGCACUACUUCCCCGAGAUGGAGCGCCUGGACCUGCCCCAGGACCUGCGGGGGAAGCGCGGCAUUAUAUUCGGCAACGUGGAGAAGCUGUGCGACUUCCACGGCCAGUACUUCCUGAAAGAGCUGGAGUCGUGUGCGCACUCCCCGCUGUCCAUCAGCAGCUGCUUUCUCAGACACGAGGAUCAGUUUGGAAUGUAUGCUCUGUAUAGCAAGAAUAAGCCCCAGUCCGACGCUCUGCUCUCCAGCCACGGGAACGAAUUCUUUAAGAACAAGCAAUUGGAGCUGGGGGACAAGAUGGACCUGGCGUCCUACUUGCUGAAGCCCAUACAGAGGAUGAGCAAGUACGCUCUCCUGCUGAAGGACCUGAUCAAGGAGUGCAGCCAGUCCCAGGAGCAGGAGCUCAGCGACCUCCGCACCGCCGAGGAAAUGGUCAAGUUCCAGCUUCGCCAUGGCAACGACCUCCUGGCGAUGGAUGCCAUUCGGGGCUGUGAUGUGAACCUUAAAGAGCAGGGUCAGCUCCGCUGCCAGGACGAGUUCAUCGUCUGGUGUGGGCGGAAGAAAUACCUGCGCCACGUCUUCUUAUUUGAAGAUCUCAUCCUCUUCAGCAAGACCAAGAAGAUAGACGGUGGAUAUGACAUUUACAUCUACAAACAGUCCUUUAAGACGGCAGAGAUCGGUAUGACUGAGAAUGUCGGCGACAGCGGCCUUCGGUUUGAGAUCUGGUUUCGCCGGAGGAAGUCCCAGGACACAUUCAUACUGCAAGCUAGCACUGCAGAGGUCAAGGCUGUCUGGACGGCCAUCAUCGGCAAAAUCCUUUGGAGGCAAGCACUCAGAAACAGGGAGCUGCGUAUGCAGGAGAUGGUUUCCAUGGGGAUUGGAAGCAAGCCCUUCAUGGACAUCAAACCCAGCGAUGCAGCCAUCAGUGACAGAGCCAUUGACUACAUCAUGAAGGGGACAGAAUCUCGGACCCGGGCCUCCAUCGCCGUGUCCUCAUUCGACCACUCCGCCUCGUUCAAGAGACCCCACUCCACCAUCUCCAACAGCAGCACCUCCUCCUCCAGUAGCCAGUCCUCCUCCUCCCUCCUGGGCUCCCUCAACCUCCACCUGUACUCCUCGCCCUCCCACCCCCACCCGAUGGGCAGCAUACCGUCAUUCAACCAGUGGCCCUACGACUGCAUCGAGGAGGACGAGCUGGAGCAGGACGCCGGGAGCCAGCCCUCCAUGAUAACUGAGAGUUCAGAGACAUCCUCCCAGUGCACCUCCAGUGACAGCGUGACAGGGAUGAAUACCCUCACCAUCCACCCCAGCUUAGUCCUCGACUCUUACAACAACAACAACAACGACAACUCCUCCUCCUCCUUCCUGUGCGCCUCCACGCCGCCCUCCUCCAGGGCCCCUUCCUCCAUCUUCCAGAAAGAGCAGGACCUCCAAUCCCAGGGCACUAAGUUCAUCACAGCACUCUAAGGUCCCCGAAGCGACCACGUGUGGACGAGCGGCCGGGCGCUGCAGCGAGGGUUCAAGGCCUGCAGACGCGGCCGCACACCGGAGCACCAAAGACUCUGGCCGCCCUUUAAAGCGCCUGUGGUGUGGCGAUAGCUAGGUGGCGCUAACGGUACGUGUCGGUCUGUGCACCUGAUGUGAUCCACUAGGUCAGCAUCCGUGUUCAUACUGCAGAUGAGCGGGACGUUUUGUACUUUGCAAGAGGACAGUUGUGGAAGACGACCCGCCAGACGUCACGCUGACACAGCACUGUUGUACCGUCUCUCGGCUGUCGUCGCUCCGAGUCCUGUUUGUAUUGCCAAGUUUGUACAUUAAAACUGACUGUUGAAACUGUUGAA